AUGUAUUCUUUUUUAGAGUGUCUCGCUGGAGCUCUCUUUUUACUCGGCUGCGUUGUUGUUGCCCUUGUCGUCAUUGGUGUGCGUGCGCUCCUCUGCAACUUUAAGAAUCGCCCUGCUCCUCCGCUGUCCUCUCAGCUUGGCCAGAAUGCGCCGCACGUCACCAUUAUUCGACCCGUAAAGGGCGUAGAACCUAGACUGUACGACUGUAUCGCUGCGUCCUUUCGACAGGACUACCCACAGGACAAGUUCUCGAUCCGCCUCUGCCUCGAAGAUGAUACCGAUCCCGCGUACCCUAUCCUCCAGAAGGUCAUCGACGAUUUUCCCGCAAUCGAUGCGCGUAUCAUGCUCGAGAAGGAAGACCAUGUACUAAGCCAAACUGUCAACAUGGGUCCCAACCCCAAGAUCCGUAAUCUCAGUCGGGCGUACCGAGAGGCCAAGGGUGACAUUGUAUGGAUUAUUGACUGCAACAUCUGGAUGGCAAAGGGAGUUUUGGGACGUAUGGUCGACAAGCUCAUGGGUUACAGGGUCGGCGGCGCUGCAAAACCCUACAAAUUUGUCCACCAGCUUCCCAUUGUUGUGGACUUGAUGGACUUUUCCACACCACUCGCGGCAGAAGGCCAGUCUCUUUUGGAUGCUUCAUCGGAGGAAGACCACCAUACUGGUGAUUUGGAUGUCGAGGAAUUUCCCAAAAUCAUGUCUCAGGGCGGUGGACGCAUCGAUGAGAUGUUCAUGACAACUUCGCAUGCCAAGUUCUACUGCGCCAUCAACACCCUUCGUGCAGCGCCAUGCGCUGUUGGCAAAAGCAACAUGUUCCGCAAAUCACAGCUUGAUCAAGCGACGGAUGCCAUCUUGAAUCCAAAACUAGAUCAAAACAAAAACCUCCCAACAGGUGUUGAUUAUUUCUCGCACAAUAUCUGCGAAGAUCAUUUGAUCGGCGAUGCGCUAUGGACGACGGAUUUCCCCGGGUAUAGAAGCCACGGACUUGUCUGGGGUGAUAUUGCCGUCCAACCAGUAUCAGGCAUGUCUGUUAGGGCCUACACAGCACGACGAUCUCGCUGGCUCAGGGCUAGGAAGUACACAGUCCUUUCAGCAACAAUCCUUGAACCGUUCACGGAGUGCUUUCUGUUCGCUACCUACAUCUCCUUUGCGAUGACAACUAUCCCAUUCUUCAGCCAGAUCUGGGGCAUUCCUAAAACUUGGAACACCAUGGCAAUUGCCUGGUUUGCGACAACUACUCUGUGGAUGCUUAUAGACUAUAUCGGUUACUUACGUCUGCAUUCCGGUGUCACCAUGGAGGUUGACGAACACACCCCUUAUUUUGCCAAGGGCUUCAAAAACACAGGCGGAAUCAAGAGCCGCCCAUUUCUGGAAUUCUUGGCUGCUUGGAUCGGACGUGAGGGUCUUGCCUUUCCUGUCUGGGCUUAUGCAGUUGUUUUUGGCAACACGGUCAACUGGCGCGGACGACUAUUCUACAUUCACUGGGACACUACAGUCGACGCUGUUGAGCCUCGAGAUGAACGAAUUCGCGAAGUGAGGACACCUGAACUUGAAAGAGGACAUUCGCACAACAAGCAUCGCGUGGAUUGA